AUGUCCCUCCGCUCCCUAGCCAUCGCCGCCGGCCUCUGCGCCUCCGCCGCGCUCGCCCGCACCGACCUCGCCGGCUGCACCUACACCGACCUCGUCAUCCGGCCGACGCAGCAGGCCGACUACGCGAGCCGCCUCUACUACGUGCCCGACACGGGCGAGGUUUGCGCCUUCCUCGACUGCGGCGGCGGCCGUGCCCCGCCCAAGACGACCGUCCCGGGCUGCCCGCAGUACAAGGGCACCGACACGUACAAGCCGUCGUACGUUGACCCCAAGACGCUGGGCGACGGCGUGCUCCGCGCCGGGACUACCGUGGUCAUGGCGACCGAGCCGGUGACGGCGGCGGCGUCGUCGUCCACUACUACGAGCGCAGCGUCGGCGCCAGCGUCGUCGUCGGGUGCGAGCGCGACGUCGACGGAGAAGCCGUCGGUCACCAUCUUGACGGGCACAAACACGGGCACGGCGUCGGGCAGCGGCUCGAGCUCGGCGCACGUCACCAGCGCGGCGUCUUCGGCGAGCGGCGCGGCCAGCAGCAGCGGUGCGGCCAAGACGACGAGCCCCAGCUCGGCGGCCGGAGCGAUGCAGACGGUGGGUGCUAUUCUUGGCCCCUGCGUCAUGGCUGCCGUUGCCGCCCUGGCUUGA